GAAUAUGCAAAGAUAAUUGAAUAGGUACUUCAACAAUCUUUUUAUGUUAAAACGUCAAUAUUUCUAAGUUUUUCUAGACAUCUGUAAUGUUCAAAUAUCUCAUUAACACAUUCAAUAUAGUGAAACGAAAAAAUAACUAUUCAUUUUUCCAGUUUAAAUGUAAACAUAUAUUUAAAAAAUGCCUCUAUAUCAGAUAAACAAGAAACUUUUACCGAUAAAAAUUCAUUUUUUUUUGGUAAUGGCCGGCACAGCUCCGAUACUUCCAUUCUUGUCGACAAUUUCGAAGCAAAGGGGCUAUUCGCCAGUCAUUGUUGGCUUAAUUUUCACGAUUCUUCCACUUCCAGGCUUAUUGGUUCGACCAGUUAUUGGUGCAAUCACAGAUAAAUACAAAUGCCGCAAGACUGCGUUUGUUUUGAAUACAGUAUUGAGGAGUCUACUUAUAAAUAUACUGAUAUUUAUACCGGGCUCGGUCGUCAGAGCAGAAUUGAAUGACACGGAUGUAAUCAAGUCACCUAUAUUUUGGUUAUUUGUUUGCACUGUCACUUUAUACAAAGUAGAUAGUAUGACAGGAACUGUUUUGGAAGACACAAUAUGCAUCGAUAUAUUAGGUGAAAACAAAACUGAAUACGGCAAUCAGAGAAUGUGGGGCUCAAUUGGUUGGGGCAUAAUGUCCAUCGUAUCUGGUGUAUGUGUAGACUGGUACAGUAAAGGAUUAGACCACAAAAACUAUACACCUGGUUUCAUUAUUUCAUUGAUAUGUAGUAUUUUAGAUAUAUACGUCGUAUCAAGCAUGCCUUAUGUCCAAAACAGGGAAGUUAAAGCUGGAUCAAACGACAUUAAAAGGGUAUUGACGAACAUUAGAGUACAAUCAUUUCUUUUAUUUGUUUUGGCAUUUGGAACACUGCUACCAUUUAUAUGGUAUUAUUUGUUUUGGUACAUGGAAGACAUUUCGAACAUUUACCACCCCGAAACAAAACCAUACAUAAAGACUAUCCAAGGGUUUUCGUUGACCAUCCAAUGUUUGGGCGGAGAAGUUCCAUUUUUCUUCCUGUCCAAUUUUAUCCUCAAACGUAUUGGUCAUACGAACGUGUUCUCUUUGAUGUUCUUUGCAUACGCUGUCAGGUUCUACCUGUAUUCAAUAAUUACAAAUCCUGUUUGGGUAUUACCGGUUGAACUACUCAAUGGGAUAACGUACGCAUUAGCCUACGCUGCUGCCAUUUCGUACGCAGCAGAAUUAGCUCCUGUCGGUGCCGAGGGAACUCUUCAAGGUAUCGUUGGAACAACUAUGGAAGAAAUAGGGGCGCCCAUCGGUAGUUCCAUCGGCGGUUACCUGUUUAAUCAUUUCGGAAGUAUUACUUCUUACACCUUCGUAAGUGGUUUUGCAUUAGCAGUAUGUAUAACUCAAAUUAUAGUUCAACGAUUGAUAAAUCGUUUUUCUAAAAAUGACAGUAUCAAAGGAGAAAGGUCUGGUUCUAGUUAUUUUACCGUUGAUCCUCAUAUAAGUGUUAAUGAUAAUCUUAUAUAAUAAUACGCUAAUUUUUACAUAAUAUAUAUGUACCAAUAACUGUAAAUGACAAAUAUCAGCACUUAAAUUGAAUUAUAUAAACAAAAUAACACUAAAUCUUAUAUUAAUUGUAUUGUUUACUAUGUUGUCUACAGGCAUAGCUAAUAAGUACCUUACCUACAACUCUCUAAUUAUAUCUAAUAUUGUGAUUGAUAUAAUUUGAUACAAUAGUUUUGAUAUUUGUAAUAUGUAUUUAUAUGUAGCUUAGCACCUACGCGCAAGUAAAUUUAAAACAAUUUAUAAAAACAAUAUUGUGUUAUAAUUUAAAAUAUUCAUAGUCGGCACAACUGCAGGGCGUUUCUGGUGUAAACAUUUGUAAAUAAAAUUCGUUAAAUACUUACAGUGUCGAGUGUAACAGAAAAACCUGACAAAAUUAAACUUUUGUUAUUAAAGCUUACGCUCAAAUUACAACAUAA